UCAGAUUCGAGUACCAUUUUCUCCAUGAAAAGAUGGCAACUGAAGCAGAAAUCAUCCCAGAACCCAUUUCUGUACUGAAAGCAGAAGAGGAGAUUAGCAAACCAAGUUUGGAUUUGAAGAAAUCUGAAGGUGGACUCGCCGUGCCUGCGGGAGCCUAUGGAAGUUUGGAUAAAUCAGAUACUAUUGAGUUAGCCGCCGCUAAUAAUGUGGUUGAAACCUUGAAUACUGUCUCUCAAGGAAAUCCAGAGAUACCCAAGGGUGAAAGGUUUUCAAUAUCGCAUGAGAUUUCACAGGAGGAGGAUGAAAAGAUGUCGAAGAUCGAGGUAAUUGCGAGCAAUGAUUCUUCUCUGGAAGAGAAACCUGGGAAUAUUGAAGAAGAACUGAGCCAAAAUGCUGAGAUCGAGUUCAAUAUACAAGAGGCUAACUUGGAGCUCAAGAAACAAGCUUCGAUCGGUAAUCCGGAUCUGAUAAUGGACAGCUCGAAUGAGGCAAAUGAAAUGAUUACCAACGCUGAUCCCUCCUACAAUAUUCAAGAGGAACUUGAAGAGAAGAACAUUGAAGAAAUGAAAGACACCGAGCCAGUGAAGCUGCCUGCCGUAUUGGAAAAGGGAGAAGGCACUGAGGCAACUGAUCCUGCUGAUACAUCGGUAAGUGAAAAGGACCAAUUCGUUUCAGAUAGCACCGGAGACACCUUAACCUCAAAAUCGGUAACUGAAACAAACUCGGAAAUCAGUGAAGUUUCCGGGAAAGAGCUGCAAAACGACAAUCCAUACAAGGAGGUUGCUUGCAUACAUGAAUCUGCUGCUGACGCGCGUGAGAAACCUGAAGAGAUGAGUAAAGAAAGAGAAAUUGAGGAACACCCUAAAGUUGACAUCCCGAGCUCAUCGGUUAGUGAUGAAAUCGUGAAGGAAAGCAUAAAGGAAGGGGAAAGCAUCCCAAUGAAGUCAAUAGAAAAGGCUAAUUCUUCAACUGAGCUUGAGGACUCAACAAGGGAUACCAAAGAAAAAACCUUAGUAGAAAGAAGCACCGAUACUGUUGAACCGGAAUCCACUCCGGUUGCACCAGAAACAGAAGAUAAAAAGCAGGAAACGGAUAAUGCUGUUCCCACUGAAGAAAGCAGUCUAGCAACGACCGGACAUGAAGGGGCCGGCACCAACACUGCUGAACUGGAAUCCGCACCGGCUGCACCAGAAACAGAAGAUAAAAAGCAGGAAACAGAUAAUGCUGUUCCCACUGAAGAAAGCAGUCUAGCAACGACCGGACAUGAAGGGGCCGGUGUAGAUGGUGUGGGCAUUGAUGUGGAACCGGCAGAUUCCUCUGUAUCAUUCGAGAAGGGUAAGGAAAUAUAUACGGAAGAAGGAAUGCAGGAUAGAGUUGUACACGAGAAUUCCGAAACUCCUCUCCCACAAGCAACAUAUGAUACACUAAUGGAAAAGGAGGACAAUACAACUUUAGAUGUUCCAAAAAUAGAGGCCAAAGAGACAGGAACGGAACACUUGCUCAAGGAAUCAGGCGUGCAUACAGAACAGGAGACUGGAAAAUGCAACUCUGUAGCAGAAACAUCGAAAGGUGGACAAUCAUCGGAUUUAGGAUUUGUGAAAGAGAAGAUCGAAGAUGGAAAACAAUUGGAUGAAGCCAUGGGUUCGGACCACACCUCGGGUAUAUGCGAAGAUGUCGAAAAGGUUAUCCAAGCAGAAGAUGGUUUAGCUACGAACUUGGCAGAACAAGAAACUGAAGUGCCAACAGGAGCUCCUGAUCAGAUUUCCAAGGUGAAAAACAUGAAUGUAAAUGAAGAAAAAAGUAAGCAAACCAUCCCUGAACUGAGCAAGAGCCAAAUUGAUCAUGAAACCAUCCCCGAUGUUCAAAACCAAGAAAGUGAACAGAAGAUAAAUGAGGAACCGGAAAACAAACUGGUGGAUGAACAAAACGCAAACGAGAUGAGCAAGACUGUCAUCUUGUCUGAAGAGGUUGAAGACUACACUUCAGUCUCAAAUGAAUGUCUGAAGGAAAGAGAGUCCAAGGAACAGGUAGAAACGAAAAACUUGGAGGUUGAAGAAUAUUCAACCAAGGACCAAGAAGCGUCACUCAUCGUAGAAUCAGCAGAAAGGAAACAGGAUCAAGAAGGGGAAUCAGAAGAAAAAGUUAAGGACAUUGUCCAUGAACCAAAGCAGCAUGUUCAAGAAAAGAGUGAUGAAACCGUGACAAAAGUUGGAGCUGUGACAAGCUUAGACAACACUGAGAUGAAUGUGGAGCUUGUGAAUUCAAGCAAAGAAAGUACCGAAAGUGAUUCUAAUCAAGAGACAAAACAAGUUGAGAAUCCACAACAAGAAGAGGAGAAAACAGAACCAGCAUCGGAACCCAAAGUGAAUGAAGCUGAACAAACCAAAGCUGUGCCCGAAACAUCAUCUGAAUACCCAUCUGAAAGCAUUCCAACUUCUGCUGCAACAUUGCCUUCCAAGGAUGAAGAAAUAGAAACUGCACACUUGAAUGAGAAGAUAGGAAAAGAGAUACAUAAGGAUGCUGAAAUAGUUAAACAUGAAAGAACAAUAGAAGAAGUGUGCUUGCAAAAGGAAGGAGAAAGCGAGCCUAAGGCUGUAUCGGUAGGAAAAACCAUUGUUGACGAGGCUCUUCAAAUUGAGGAACCAGAUGAUCAAAUUCAGACAAGUUCGACAUCACUUUCUAAGGAUGACUUAUCUGAUGCAAAGCAAGCAGCAGUGAUAUGCUUGGAAAAAGAAGAGGUUGAAGAUGGUAAGAAAGAUGAAACCGAUACUGCUCGAACUAUGGAAGUGGAGGAACCAAAGCAUCAAUCUUCAGCUUCAGCAUUAACUGAAGCUAUUGUGGAUCAAGAAACUUCUGUUGCUCAAGCUUCAUUAGCUAAGGAAUCAAGGGAAACUGAAACCUCUGCAUUGACUUCUGAGAAACAUGAAACAAAGGAAACUGAACCGCAAAAAGAUGAGAGUCCACCAAAGAUCCUAGAACAAACAAAUGUUGAAGUUGAGACAGUUGAAAAGGCUUUUGACAAUGAAUCGAUCAAACAGAAACUUGUUAAACCAAGUGCCGGAGAAAAUCAGUGUGACAAUACAAAUGAAACCAUAGUGAAUGAAGUUUCAAAAGAAGAGCUCUUGGAGGUCAAGGAAGUUACUGAAACAUCUAAUUUGAUUGCUGAACUGGAAGAGCCGGCAAAACAUGGCUAUGGAGUAUGUGAGCUCCAGGACAAACUGAUUGAGGACAAAGCAUUGGAAACGACUCAAACAGAAGAGGACAUUUUGGAUGCUCAAAAGAUCAGUGAAAAUGAGAUAAUUGAAAAGCAGAUUGUUUGUGAAGAUAAAACUACUGAAAAUCCAAGCCCAGCUUCAUCAGUAAUGCCAACAGAAGAGGAAUCAAGCUUUGAAUUAUCACAGGCAGGUCCAGAGGGCGCCAAGGGUUCAGACAAUCAGAUUUCCAGUGAAUUAGAACCCACUGAAAACACAGAGAUACCAAGUUCAAUUGUUAAAGAACAUGCUCCAAUAGAUUUUCCGGACAAAGUUGCAGUAUCCUCACAGAAAGCUGAAGUUGAAGAUGUCAAAGAGGUUUAUCCAAAAGAAGCAGAUAUUGGCCAUGGUGGAGACAAACGAACAGACUCUUCUGGAAAAAAGAUAACCGAUGAGUUAACGUCGGAUGAGGAUUUGACUAAGAUUAAGGAGCUAAAAGAUGAACAUACAGCAGAGAAGACGAAUGAAACCUUGAAAAUCCCAAAAAAGGAAAUUGAAAAGGAUGGUGCAAAUAACAAUGUUGAGAAAGAGACUCUCAAAGAAGAUCAAACUGUGAAGGAUCAAGAACAAGCUCAAGUUGUCAUGAAAGAAGCCACAACUGUUCCUGAAGAGGCCAUGAAGAAACCUGAAGCAAGAGAGUUGCAACCUGGAGAAGCUAUAGAGAUUUCUCAUGUAGAAGAGAAAACAGACACUUCAGUUGCGGAAAUAAACUCGGAACAUGCAUCGGCUAAUUCGGGAAAUUUAUCAUUGUCUGAUAUACUCCAAAGAUCUGCUGAAGAGAAAAUAGAGGGGGCUGAACCUGUGAUUGAAGAGAGGGAACUAACAGUAAGAAAGGAAGCACAUGUUGUAGUUGCAGAAACCAUUCCAGCUGAAGAACCAAAAGUAGAUGGAGUACCUGGAGGAGACCAACAUAACAAGAACGACUCCGGCUCUGAUGCCCCGGUGAUAGUCGAGGCACCGAGAGAUGCUGAAACUAAACCACAUAAGAAAUCUCAAAACAUAUUAUCAGGUGUUGGAUCCAAAGUCAAAAAUUCGAUUUCCAAGGUGAAGAAAGCAAUUACUGGUAAAUCUUCUCAUUCAAAAGAACCGAAAGCAAUAUCACCAAAGGGAAACGACAAAUAAAAGAUGAUGCUCAUUCUAAGUCGGUACAGAAUCACAUAUUUUUUUAGAUGUUUUUAAAGGGGUUUUUUCCCAGUCAUAUAUUUCAUGAUUUGUUGAGCUUGGUAUGUCUAUGUGCAGAUUGAGACAGCGGUUUUUGUUUUUUGGAUUUUUUGUAUAAACGUACUUGAACAACUACAUGAUUGUGAACUAGAUUUUACAAUGUUGCAAUCUUUCUGAGCUUUGCUAUUAUCACAUAUAUAAAGAUUUGUUUGUUUGUCA